AUGGCAGUCAAGCCACUCGUGUCUACUGCUGGCUGCUUAAAUAUCAGUGACCUUGCCAAGGCCAUCAAGCAGGAGCUCUCUCCGAAGCUCAACUCCUACUCCUCUGCUCAGCUUACCCUCCACAAGACAUCGGAUGAUACUGCUCUUGAACCUGAUCUUCCACUUGCGAGCAUUUCCACUGCUGGUCUGUCCGCCAAAUUACCUUUGAUUGUCAAGACUCUGGAACCCGCGCCGAGUAGCCAAAAACCAUCUUCAUUCAGGAUAUUGAUGAAGAGUGCCAUCCUCGAAGGAAAAGGCUCGGCUCUCUACCAGCUGUUCAAUCCCAAGGACAAGAUUAUCAAGUUCAAGCAGUUGAUUGAUGGGGAAAAGUACAAUGUAUAUUCUCGCUACGAACGGUCGUUUGCUGACGAAGUACGUUGGCAGCAGAAUGAAGACAAAGCUAUGGAGGAGGAAACUCACUUGGCCGUGAGGCGAUUCCUUGCUACCCAUCUUGGUCCUUCAGCUGUAGAUAUGCCAACGGACAUUAUGGCUGCAGACGGAAAAACCAUUGUCCAGGAGUGGAAUGCUGUCUUUAAAGAUGGAGAUGUCCUGUACUUAUGCGAGGCCAAGCAUAAUAUGACCGAUAAACAAGUGAACAAGCUCCCUGCAAGAAUUCGCAAGUUCAAGGAGUUUCAAGCCAAUGCCCAGCCAGAAUUUCGAAAUGUCACAAAGUAUGUUGGGGUGUUGUGUGGUACGUUGUUUCCAGAGGAUAUUAGAAAGAUCGCACACCUUGGAUUCAUUUGCGUUUAUCCAUCAGGAUAUUGUUACGAUGUCAAAAAGCCGGAGGAUUUCAUCAUUGAACGUUAA